GGGGUUUUCGCCCGCUCAUUCAUUGAACACGUGCAGCCGUGAGGCAAGAGUUGCAACAUCGUCGCAGCCGUUGCAGCGUCUCAGUGUAACGGAUGCACUGUGUUUUCGUACAAGCUACGCCACGGAAGCGUGUCGUUUCGCUUGCGUAUCAGCAUCGUGGGCAGACUGCAUACUGCUGCGGCGACAAGUUAAACAUCUGUUUACUGGAGCGACACUUCAUUCGUCGUGUAUGAUUCACUCGCUGGCGACAUGGGAGCUCCGUCCGCACUGGUAUCGGGCAUGGAGAGUGCGAUUCGAUCCCUGGACCCUGCGCGGAUGUUGCUCUUGGCGGAAAGGUUGAUUCGCAAACUAGAAUCCGCUGGCGUGGACCUUCGAGAACCCUGCAGCGACGUCCUUGGAGGGACCAAGUGCUGGCUGAGGUUACAGUUGCCUGCCGUGAACGAAGUCCUCUGGAAGGUCUGCAUGCAAAUUGUGGAACAUGCACCCGGCGCGUUGACACUCUCCCAUACAGAAACCAUCGACCUCGACACGAUACGCGCAGACACGUCCUUCAUGGACGGCGCCAUCCUGCUGUACAGUUUGCUUGAGCGCCACGUGUGCAUCAAGCGACUUAUUCUGGGCACCAUGGCGUUUCCGUUGUGGAACUUUCCGUCGCUGCUAGGCAGCGCACUGCGCGUCAACCGAGGCAUCGUGGAGGUUGAAGGACACCCCAACGACAAGGCUGUGCAUUGGCGAGAAAUGCGUCCAUACAGAGCCCUGCCCUGCGCUCUCGGCAGCGGGUCGCAGAGGCUCAGUUGCUUGAAUGUCACGUCGCUCAAACUUGACCGCGUCGCAGCUGAGAGCAUCGCCGAUGGAAUAACAAAAAGCAACCUUCAGCGCCUGCACCUCUUCAAUGAAAUGUCGGCCACCGUUGCACGGAAACUGCUGUCUGCCGUCAGUUCCUGCCGUAGCCUCACCUCGCUAGAGUUCGCCGGUAGCAGGGAGUUCUCGCUACCCAGCGCGAAGCGCUCGCCACCGCCCUGA